AUGACAAAAGCAACCAAGUUUGACAAUGUCUGGUUAGGUCCAUUAGUGGUUACUCAGGUGAACCAGCAUGCAUUGGAUGGCCCCCACCAGUGGCAUGGAGCCAUCCCAGAAGGCGAAGAGAAAGCAGUGCAAGAAAAAGAUAUGACGACAAGAGCAAGACAGACAGAAAUGGUGGCACAGGAGCAAGACCAGGUGAUAAGCACAGUUAUAGUGGAGCCGGUAGUUGACGUAGCUCAGAUACCCAAGGUUCUUGUUGCUGAAGGUGUCAUUAUACCCCCAGACAAGCAAAGUGGGUCCAAUACCCUUCAAGGCCUGGACGCCCCCAUGGAUUUCUCUGCAGAGAGUGGGCGAACAGCCAAGUUGGAGAGGAUGCAAUGGUGGGCGUGGUGGUUGGUGGCUGCCACACUGUAG